GUUCCCUCGUGUCCCAAAGCCGCGCAACUCUAUAGAGAGAACUGCUUCUGCAGAGUGCCUCAUUCGCCAGCUGCUCGCGUUGCAGCGAUGAGCCAGCGGCACCAUGGUGGCUACGCCAGUAGACCAGGGCUCAGCGCCCGGCAGCCGCUGUUCGGGGGGGCAGGAGGGGCGCACAGCGACCAGCUGCAAAUCAACAUAGAGUCCGGCACGGUGGAACUGGACGACGAAAUCGACCAGCUGCGCAGCUCAGUUGGCCGGUUGAAGCAGGUGUCAGAGGCCAUUGGCGAGGAGAACCGGCUGACGGCGCAGGUGAUGGACAGCCUAGAGACGGCGGUGGAGCAGGCGCGGCUGAGCCUGCGCAAGACGAUGAAGCGCCUGGGGCGUGCCUACCAGCAGACCAAGUCCAACCACAUGCUCCACCUCAUGGUCUUUGCCAUCAGCCUCUUCUUCCUGGUUUACUUCUGGGCCAAGGUGCACCGGCUCAUCAAGUGGAUCUUCUGACCGCCAUGCCUGGCCACCGGUGGGGCCUGGAACUGCUGGCGCUCGGCGGCUGCUGCACAGUUGGCCCGAUGCCAGUUGCAUGAAGGAACCACGGCUCCGGCACCUCGCACCUUUUGAUUUUGCCACUUGAGGCCUGUUUUUGUCACAUGGCAGCGUUCCGACGCAUUGUCUGCUGCCCACACUCCUGCAUUUAAACUGCUGCUCCGCUCUUCCUCCGCUGUCGCCUGUCUCCGCAACUCCCAUUCCAUACUCUUUCUCCGCAUCCCAUCUCUGUCGCCGCCAAUGCUGGCCAGCCCACCUCGAGCAGAACCCUCCCCUUCCAACAUGCGGCAAACUGAUUCAACAUAUCACUUGCAUGUCAAUUGCGCAAAUG